AACAAUCCCAGCAGUCUGGCGAGGGUCUUGGGCCCCAUCAACAUUCGGGCCUUGCACUAUCAUCGCCCAGAAGGACUAGGUGACUGCCUAAGUUUACUGUAGAACCAAGGAACGCCUCUUCCAGCCAAAACUCCAUGCCGCUUUUAACUGCCAAUUCGCUAGUCGAACGCCUUCUCCGCCUGCCAAGUAUCCGAGCUAUUCCUUAUCCAUCACCUUCCUUCUCUCGUCUUUCUCUCUCAAAGGGUAACUAUCUACAAGACGUCUUUUGCCAAUCUUGGACUCAUACCCGCCCACCCACCUUCUGUAUCGCCCUCGCCUCAUUCGAGCUCCUCAGGCUAGUCGAUGGGCGCUCGGUCGUCCAUGACCCCAAGAAUAUCUUUCGAGUGAUUCGAUCAGUCUUGGACCUGAAGCCUAAUCACCAUGCACCCCUGGCAUUAAAUUCCCGUCUUGUUGCUUUCGGUGCCGCCAUAUUAAUUCUUUCCCUCUUUGGAUUGGCCUCUGAUCAUUGGUGCUCUCGCCCACGGCCAGUAUCAGAAUCUACCACGAAAUCCAGUAACGAGCAAUGCAAGAGAACGAGACCCUCUUUGCAGUACUGCACAUGGUACAGGUACAUAUCCCUGGCAGACAAUGUGGGAGAGAUACUACGUGCUUGCAUUUUUUUUGCGCACGCAUACGCUUCUUCUGAGACACUGGUGAGCGAGGAUCCACGUUCGCAUGUCUUCCCCACCGUACCGAUACCUGUCUGUCUCGUAUCCUUUUGCAACUCACCGCCAUCUCUACUUGCAUGCAAUAGGCCAGAUGAUGGACAUUAUGCAUGGCAUCAGUCGAUCAUACAGUGACUGCAUCUCACAGUGGGUCUAUCAACUUGCUGCAGGCUGCCAAAAGUUGUCAAUAAUGGCAGGUACAUAGUAAGUGUUGAUAAGGUGCUGCCAAUACGUCCUUUGUUCUCCUUGAUCUGCCAAUGUUGGGUUUGCAGCGAACAAAGGCUGCGAGUGGCGUCAAUCCGGGAAAGAAGCCCCUUGUUUGAUCUACUCAAAGUCAAAGGGCCAUCCGCCAGUCUGGUGAGGCAAGUGCGCUGACUACGAGACAAGCCACCCGGACGACUCAGAGUGGUCAAACGGCACCCAGGCUAUUCUCCGGCUCGACAGGCAACGGAUGUCUCGGGCAGCUUGAAUGAAGGAGGCGAAUGCUUUAAGUCGGUCAGGGCUGUUUCGCCUAGAGUUUCUUUUACGCUGGAUUUUACCUUUGUGAUGAUGAUGAAAGGAUAGCUUUGCCGC